AUGUCUGAUUCAGACCUGAAAUAUGACGAUGGGAAGAGUCUCAGUCGUUAUAACGGUGAUCAUGAUGAAGAUAAUGAUAAAAAGUCAUUGACAUUUUUUAAACGUACGAAAUUGAAUUUUUUCAGAAUACAUAAUUAUUUCCAUUCAGAAAUCGGGAAAUCUAAGAAGAGUUUACUUAUCUUAUUUGUUGUUGUAUUUCUCUUCUUUUGGAUUUCUGAUUCUGCUAUACCGGAUACUUUUAUAGAUCAAAGGAAUAAGGAGUCUAACAAUGAAUCAUCAGGAAACUCUAUAAAUUCUAAAUGGUUCUCGAGAUCAAAGGAUCCAAGAUUCGUUAUUAUCUUAGCAGCUAAUGAAGGUGGUGGUGUUUUAAGAUGGAAAAAUGAACAAGAAUGGGCUAUUGAACACAUUUCAAUAGCGAACAAAAAGGCAUACGCAAAGAGACAUGGUUAUGGGUUAACUAUCAAAGAUUUAACUACAGCCAAAAGAUAUUCACAUGAAUUUAGAGAAGGUUGGCAAAAAGCUGAUAUCUUAAAACAAACAAUGAGAGAAUUUCCAGAUACUGAAUGGUUCUGGUGGUUAGAUCUGGAUACAUUGAUUAUGGAACCAGAAAAAUCUUUAGAAGAUCAUAUUUUUAAUAGGAUAGAUAAAAUUACGGAUCGUACAUUAAAGAAUUUCAAUCCAUUAAAUUUACAACUCGAUCAACCUUAUACUGAUUAUUCAGAAGAAAUGGAUCUUUUGAUUACUCAAGAUUGUGGUGGUUUUAAUUUAGGUUCAUUCUUUAUCAAAAACAGUGAUUGGUCUAGAUUAUUCCUAGAUAUGUGGUGGGAUCCAAUUACUUACGAACAGAAGCAUAUGGUUUGGGAACAUAGAGAACAAGAUGCCUUGGAGUCUUUAUAUGCAAGUGAAGCAUGGAUUCGUUCUAAGAUUGGUUUCCUUCCAUUAAGAUCAAUUAAUGCAUUCCCACCAGGUGCAUGUUCUGAUUCUAGUGAUGAUCCUAGAUACUUUUACGACGAAAAGGACCAUGAUUUCGUGGUUAACAUGGCAGGUUGUAACUUUGGUAGAGAUUGUUGGGGUGAAAUUCAAUAUUACGCUAAUUUAAUGAGAAAAUUAAAUACUAAAUGGUAUACUAGAUUUUUCUUUUAA